AUGAACGUCACCAAGCUGAACAACGAAUUGAAGCUCUCAUCAGAGAAGGCAAACUACAACCAACUCAAUCUGCCGACGUCAACAACUACACCACCAACUGCCAGUUGGUCCAACUGGUAUCCACGAGUUGGUAGAAAACGUGUCCGACCUAUUCAACCAACCCUUAGGACAAACAACCUCGUCAAGAAGACCAUCCACAAGUAUACCAUCAAGGACUGCCAAAGCAAAAUCCCUCGCAUCAUCAACAAGUAUAGAUCAUCAAUAACUGCUCACGCCAUGGACAUACGUGACGCCUACAGAGCCACUAAACUUGGUCGUAAUCUACAGCUACUCAGUCAAAUCAACUACAAAGGCAAGAACUGGACCUACACCUACAUGGGUAGUACCGACGGCAACUCUACCAAUCCCCAAGUUCUCGAGAUCAUCAUCGCGCAUGCAAUCGGGGAAUUGGAACGGCUCGGCACUUAUCCUGGUGUACUAAUAAGUUAUAUGGAAGACUUCCUCUACCUCGGCGGCCUACCCGAAGACAUCGACAAGGCCAUAGCCCACUUUGCUGGCUAUGGCAUGCACCUGACUACCGACAGUCUGAACCGCCCGGACUCUAAUGAUCUACUGGUACUAGGUCAUGAAAUCUGUGACGACGGUAACUCCCAAUACACUCUGGCAAGCAUGGGAUUUUUUACCAUGGCACAUCUUGAUCAUCAAUAA